UCUCUGAGGACCAAACAGUCACAAAUUACACUAGCUCCCCACAGGAAAUUAACAUAAAUAAAUAUGAAACUCUUUGGUGUCCUGUUCAUCUUUGCUGUGCUAUACGAGAUUAACUCAGCCUCUCGACUCUGUGGACCAACUUUGGCACAAAUUCUAGAGGCAGUUUGUGUAAAGGGCUACAAUGGAAAGCUUGUGAGCAAAAAGUCAAGUAACAAGGCAUUGGUGCCACGAGACAUGGCUGUCUUGAAUAUGUUUAACGAGAUCGAUGAUGAGGAACCAUUCAGAUCAGACUCUCUUUUAAAUGAUAUGCUAUUUAGCGAGCACUUCAAUACUGUGGCCAAAACACGAAGACAACGACAUUUCAAUGGAGUAUAUGAUGAGUGUUGUCGUAAAGAAUGCACCUUAGACGAGUUGGCCGGAUAUUGCCUUUAAUUCAUAACUGCCUUAUACACAUACACAUAUAUCUAAGAACAAAUCAAGAAAGUAUUGAAAAUAAAAGCCAAACUACUAACUUUUUAAGCACAUAUUCACAUAA